AUGAAGCAUCAUCUUCUUUGUACUUCUUCAUCUUUACUACUACUCUUCUUAUUCAGUUUUGUUCCUAUCACCAACCAAUUCCCAUUUGGCAGCAGCAAACAAGCUCAUAAUUAUGCGAAUGUCUCGUGUAUUGAGAAUGAACGACAAGCUCUUCUUCUAUUCAAGCAUGGGUUGAUAGAUGAAUCAAAUCGUCUGUCUUCUUGGAUUGGAGAAGGAUGCUGUUCAUGGGAAGGCAUUAGUUGCCACAAAAUCAGUGGUAGUGUUUUGAAGCUUGAUCUACGCAAUACGGUGCCAUUUCAUGAAGAUGAUGGUGAUCACUGCACAAACUGCUUGGGAGGCCAAUUAAGUCCAUCUUUGGUCAAUUUGACCAGUUUGCGAUAUUUGGACUUGAGCUCAAAUAAUUUUUCAGGAAUCCAAGUUCCUGUAUUCUUUGGAUUGUUGAAAAACUUGAGAUACCUCAAUCUCUCAAGUGCAGGAUUUGAUGGUAAAAUUCCCCACCAUUUAGGAAACCUCUCGCAUUUACGGUAUUUAGAUCUUGCGGGGAAUGAUGGGUUGAGGACUAAGGAUCUCGGGUGGGUUGUUGGACUCUCUUCUCUAGAAGGCCUAGUCCUGUCCGGGGUGAACCUUGCAGCUGCUCAAGAUGGGUUACAGUCAGUUAACAUGUUUCCUUUACUAACAACACUAGACUUGAAUGAUUGUGGUCUUUUCAUUCAUCCUCAUCUUUCGCAGGUCAAUUUCACGUCUCUUGCUUUCCUUGAUCUCGAUUCUAAUGAUUUCAACAACUACACGGUCCCUCCUUGGCUCCGUAAUCUUACUGGCCUCCAUGAUCUUUUUCUUGGUGAUAAUAAUCUUUCUGAUCCAAUUCAUGGCCUGUUUGACCAAAUGACCUCUCUAGUUCAUUUUGAUCUAUAUUCAAACCGCUUUGAUGCUUCAACAUUGAAAUCGCUUUGUAAUGCAAGCAGUCUUACUUAUUUGGAUCUGAGUAAGAAUAAUGUGCAAGGGCCAAUACCAAAUGAAAUAGGCCAACUUGUAAAUCUUGCUUAUUUGGAUCUGAAGGAGAAUAAUGUGCAAGGGUCCAUACCAAGUGAAAUAGGCCAACUUAUAAAUCUUGCUUAUUUGGAUCUGAGCGUGAACAAUGUGCAAGGGUCAAUACCAAGUGAAAUAGGGCAGCUUCAAAAACUAACUAAUCUAUUAUUGCCCCAUAACAGCUUAAAUGGUACCAUACCGACCAAUCUUGGGCAGCUGACGAAGCUACAAGCAUUUGACGUUGGUUACAAUUCAUUAACCGGGGUCCUAUCUGAAGACCAUUUUGCGAAACUCCGAGAGCUGAAGUCACUGGACCUAACCGGAAACUCACUCACUCUGAACGUGAGCUCCUCGUGGGUGCCUCCUUUUCAACUCCAACAAAUUGGGAUGGGAUCCGUCAAUGUGGGACCCAGGUUUCCAGCUUGGCUUCGCACGCAGAAUGAGGUUGAGUGGUUAGACCUGCGGAACGCGAGCAUCUCAGAUGCCAUACCCAGCUGGUUUCGAGUGCUUUGUGAUGAUAUUAUGAUGUUAGAUCUCUCCAGCAACAGCCUAACUGGAAAUCCUUUGGAGUUCAAACAAUUGAAGCAUAGACCAAGUCGUUAUGCUGAGAGAGAGAUAUUUCUAAACUCCAACAAAUUGACUGGAUCUCUCAAAUCAUUUCCGUUGGAUAUUUCAGGUUUAGAUCUUUCACACAAUUUUCUUACUGGACAUAUUCCGCAGCUUGAAGUUGGUCAAACGGUUGUACCUGCGCUGUCGUCUGUCUCACUGAAUGAUAACCGUUUCACGGGUACUAUCCCUGAAGACUUGUGCAAGUUGGAAAAUUUAUAUUUUGUGGAUCUAUCCAACAAUCUUCUGUACGGAAGAGUCCCUCUGUGUCUAGGAAACUUGCAAUACCUGACGGGCCUAAACUUGGCAAAUAACAAUCUAUCCGGUCAAAUUCCGAGUUCACUGGGUAAGUUGGGGUCACUUACUAUGCUGCAUUUGAAUGGAAAUAAAUUCAUUGGGAAGCUCCCUGCCUCAAUGCAGAAUCUGAGCAAUUUGCUAAUUCUUGAUCUCGGUGACAAUGGACUGAAGGAUACUAUACCUGCUUGGAUUGGGGAAAAGUUAUCAAAGUUAACGUUUCUACGAUUUCAGUCAAAUAACUUCCAUGGACCCAUUUCCGAUACACUCUGCCAACUCUCACUUCUUCAAGUGCUGAACUUAGCACAUAAUAACUUGAGUGGAUUUAUUCCUCACUGCUUUAACAACAUUAGUGCCAUGGUAUCAAGGCUACAUGGAGAUGGCGGCGUUGAUUUACAAGAAAGGCUUGAAGACAUUAAGGGAGGAAGAGAACUUGAGUAUGAUGCAUGGAGCCUUUUGCUUGUUAAUUCCGUAAGCCUCUCAGCAAAUAAUUUAGUUGGUGAGAUCCCUGAUGAGAUAAUGGAGCUGGUUCAAUUGCAAGUUUUGAAUCUUUCACAAAAUCAUUUGACUGGAAAGAUCCCUGAUAAGAUUGGCAACUUGAAGCAAAUUGAAACACUCGAUCUAUCAAUGAAUGCACUCUUCGGUGCAAUCCCCGAAAGCUUAUCUGAUUUGUACUCGUUGAACUCUCUGAAUUUGUCACACAAUAAACUUUCAGGGCCAAUACCAUCAGGAAAUCAGCUUCAGACCUUGACCGAUCCAUCCAUCUAUGAAGGAAACAGUGGACUCUGUGGCAAACCGCUCCCAAACAGCUGCUGGGAACACAAAUUGCCUACCAAAAAUAGGCCUAUUGAUGAUGAUGAAGGCCACAGCGAAUCUGAUUGGUCUUGGUUUUAUGCUGGAAUAGGACCGGGUUUUGCUGCCGGGCUGUCGGGAGUCCUGGGAAUCCUUCUCUUCAAGAAGUCAUGGCGCUAUGCAUACUUCAAGUUUAUAGAAAGUGCCUAUGACAAAAUCUGGGUAAAGACUACUCGCCUGAGGAGGAAGUUCCGUUGAGCCCACAAUCAUUCAAGUGCUUGGUGCUGCUGUUGUUUGGCUUUCAGGAUGAGCAAUUUCUCUCUUGCUGCUGUUUUGUAUCAUUAUAUUUUGAGUGCUUGCUGUUUUUUCAGUUCUGUUUGGCAUCUGCUGAUGUAAUGUGAAAAUUAUAUGUCAAUAAAAGUUAUAAUAGUUUGCCUAAAAAAUUGUAUUAUUUUGGUUUGCCUGA